AUGUCAAACCUUGUUUUCCUCUUGAUGUCUGUUUCAGUUGCUGCAGCCCACGCAGUUGCCGAAGAAAGAAGAAACCAAAGUGGCAGCGCUGCUGUUCUAGCCCACCCCUCAAAUAUAAAGUCAUCAACUAAGCCAGUGAUAGAUGCCUCGGUUCUGAGAUCUGAUGAAAGGCAAAGACUGGCAAGAGAACGCAGAGAAGAGCGAGAAAGACAAUAUGCUUUUAAAGAAACACAGUUACUUGAGAAAGAGAAAAAGGCAAGACUCCAGUAUGAAAAACAGCUAGAAGAAAGACAGAGAAAGAUAAAAGAACAGAAGCUGAAAGAGCAGCAACGACGAGCAGCAGUAGAAGAGAAAAGACGGCAAAAGUUAGACGAAGAAAAGGAACAUUAUGAGGCAAUGGUUAACCGUACUUUGGAACGUAGCAACCGGCUGGAACAGCGACAGAAGAGAUGGUCAUGGGGAGGCUCUGUAACACCAGAUUCAGACAGCAAAUCUGGUCUGUCGAGUGCUUCCCCACCCAAUCCCGUAGAUUUAGUUGACAAACUCCCUUCUUCCACAGAGCCACAGACUGCAGAAGAAGGUGGAUCCAGUGGCAACAGAUAUGCUUCAUUUCCAACGAAUCUCAAACAAACAGAUUCCGUUAUCAAUAAAUGUUUAUCUUCAUCUUCAGCAACUCUUCCAAGUUCUGACAAGACUGCCUCCAGUACUAUCAGCUGCCCAGCGCAGGCCCCGAGAAUGCCCAUGCGAAGCCGAAGCAUUGACAGACCGAAGACUUCCGUGGUAGCUGUUUCAACAAAUGCUACAGGUUUUAUACAGAAGUCAGAGGUGGACAAGUAUGUGUCAACUCAUACUGCAAGGCGAGCUCCAUCACCAUCUUUAUCAGCCCGUAAGAGAUCACCUUCCCCUGCUAAUGUUAAGCAUCCUCCAUCUCCCUCUACAUCAAACAGACCAACUCAAGGAAGUCGCCCACCUUCACCUGUUUCAGCAAAACAGCAGCAAUCAUCUCCCACCUGUGUUUUAAAACCAGCUCUUAAACCUAUUCAACGCCCCUUGAUCACACCAACUGUUAUAAAUAUUACCAAAAAGAGUAGAAUACCUGAAACAGAUAGAAAACCAAAAGAUACAUGUGAAGAAAAUAGAAAACAUGAACAGCGAACAUCACCAGCUUCAGAGAAAGAAAGAGUAGCAUCUGCUGGAAAGACCAAAGAAGAGCCCAGUAGUAAAACGGGAGCAGGGUCCACAUGGGCUGAAAAACCUGCUAAAAUUUUGGUGGAAAAACUACAGCUUGCUCGAGAACUAAGAGAGCGAGAAGAAUGGGAAAGAUGUCAAAAAGAGGAGGAAAGGAAAGUAAAAGAGAAUAUUGAAAAGAAAGCCACUGAAGACGAGGAAAAAAGGGAAGCCAAGUUCUCUCAACUUGAGGAAACAAGGUCACUGGAAGAACAGCAGCGGAAGACAGAAGAGGGCAGGGCCCAAGAACAGGAGCGUCUGGCUGAACUCCAGCAGCAGAAGGAGGAAGCUGAGGCCAAAGCCCAGGAGGAAGCUGAAAGGCAGAGGCGAGAGCGGGAAAGGAUCAUGGAGCAGAGUAUUCAGGAACGUCUGGAGAGGAAAAAGAGAAUUGAAGAGAUUAUGAAAAGAACCAGAAAAGUGGAGCUGAAUUCUGAGCAGAGUGAAGAGAAGUCUAAGAAUGCUGCUGUUGACGAGGACGCCGCCCAUGAGGGAGAUGAAGGACGUUUCGAAACAGCGGACGCCGCUCAUGAGGGAGAUGAAGGACGUUUCGAAACAGCGGACCCACCAGCCACUGUCACUGAGAUUGACUCGUCUGAGAAUGACAAGACCUCAGAAGGGCUUAGUGCUGAGACGUUUCCUAAACUGGCUUAUACAGAACAAGCUGAAGCUGCAGCCCAAGAUGAGGUUGAAGGACUCGUCACCGAUGGUGAUGAGAUGGCCACAGAGCCAGAAAAUAGAGAUUGUUUGCCUGUGACUCUGGCAACAGACCCUAGGCUUUCUGCCAAAGACAUGAUUACUCCAAACUUACAAACUAUGGAUGCUGGUGAAACUGACAACUCCUCAAACCUGAAUGGAAAAUCUAGUACAUGGACUUGCAAGGAGAUCAUUGAGCUUGGAAUUCAUGCCAAAUCCAUCAAAUUUAAUUCCAGUAACACUCCUUCCGAAAGCUGUACUCAGAACUCAAGUGAUGCUGCUACGUUUGUUCCAGGUCCCAAGUUAGACUUUGAGGAAGACGCAGUGAUGAAUUCCAUGGCUUCAUCCGAAGGGAGCAAUUCAGAUUUCUAAACACUCCGAUCCUGGAAGUCACUGGAUUCCAUCUAAAGAUCUUUCUUCAGGACGCUGCUUCUUGCCUUUACGCCAGUUCAACCAUGUUAAAAUCAAACUCCCAAGAGAGGGGAUGCUUCUCCACCUGCACCUUGAGGACUUUCAGGGAGUUAUCUAGGUCCUUCUUUGUUACAAUGUGACGGGAUUUCCUGGCAAAGUGUUACUUCUGUUUCCUUUAAUAAUUUCAUUUAAGCUGUCUCUUGCUUGUUGCUUGUUUUAUUUUUCCUUUGACGUAUGCAAAGUGGUGAGGAAGCAUCCAAACUGACUUACAAACCGACUGGUAAACAUUUUAUUUUAGAAGGAAAGAAUUUGCUUCCAGCCUAUUUAAAACCCCUAAAUAACAUUCAUCCCUUUACUGUUAGACUCUCAAAGAUUCAGUAUUAGGAAAGAGCUUACUAGAUCUCUCAGAUGACCCAAGACUGCUCUCAGGAGCAUUGUCACGUUGUGUUUAAUGCAGACAUUUUGGUGGUUUCAUAGUUCUGCAUAUUGUAUUUUACCAUAAUUUAUAUACCUUUACUUUCAGGAAAAUAGUUUAAAUUGCAGUCUGUACACACACACACACACUCACUCACUCACUUACACACUCACACAUUCACACACUCUCUACUACAUUCUGAAAUAUGAGGCCUGGGGAAAUUUUUGUCCUAGUGUGGUUACAGUUUGUCAUGGUUUUUUAACUUUUUCCUUUCAGAUUGCAUAUUUAUGUCUUUACGGACAUGUAAGUGUUAUUUUCACAUAUGUAAAACAGUAUCAUGGCCAUUGCCUUGUGGCAUUGGCUUGCUGAUUCACAAUGGUCUUAGAGUAUCUUUUUUUUUCUUAUGUAUGUGCUAUAUUCGCUUACCUAUUAAAGGCUGCAGUAAGUGCUAUUUAACCAAAA